AUGAAUGAAUUCACGCCGCUUCUUGUCCAUGACACUGUCACUUCGUCACCCCCUCCACACCACUACAAAAGCUCAUGGCAGUUCAUACUAGCAGGAGUAUUAAGUCUUGGUAUUUUGAGCCUCCUUCAGCAUGAGAACUCGGUUCCUUUGGAUUUUGCUGACGUCGCAGUGUCAUUCAAUGAGACUAGGGCUGGCACGAAUGACACAGACGACGUGGUUUUUUUAUCCAAUAUGGAGACCUUUAAGGAUCUUACAGUUGACCCGUGUGUAGAUUUUUAUGAAUACGCAUGCGGUGGUUGGCUAAAAAGCCAUGAAAUCCCAGCUGACCGUCCAAGUAUUGACUCGUCCUUUUAUGUCGUUUCAGAAUCGAACAAAGACAUGAUUCAACAGAUUUUCAAUCAAAAUCCGCCUCAAAUUGGACCAUUUUACCAUUCAUGUCUCAGGAAUGACGAACUGGACACAAAGGCACUUGGAUUUGUUACUCAAUUGGUCAAUAAUGUCCAUCAAGUUAAUUCCACUCUUGCUUUAAUGGAAUUAGCAGGUAAAAUAGACCAAAUGCUAGGAAUUAGUACAUUCUUGAGUCUAUCUGUCGAUGCAGACCCUCACAAUUCAACCCAAAAUAUCCUUAGUCUAUCACAAGGAGGACUAACUCUACCAUCAAGAGAGUACUAUUUGGAACAAAGUAAGGUGGACACUUAUGCAGCUCUCUAUGUAAAUUACGUGACCAAAUUAUUUGCAGUGGGAGAUUUAGACCAUCAUAAUGUCAGUGAGUUUGCAGAGGCGGUACUCAAGAUUGAGACGGCUUUUGCCAAUAUGUCGCUACCAAAUGCGGCACUACGCGACCCAUGGACGACCACCACGGCGUACCCGUUUGCAGAAAUUGCCCAACGAUACCCCUUUAUAAUGGCCUAUUUGAAUGGAAUUUACAAACAGGAACCGUUCCCGAUGCUCCAUGCAAUCAUUGCAACGCCGGAUUUUUUCAAAGCACAGAACGAAUUUUUUGAGCGAUGA